AUGGCCAGUUCAGCACCACCAGCCCUAAUCAAGUUCGUCGAUGAAGCACCCUCGUCGGAUCAAAACGUCCGCGACCAUGAACUCGACAUAUCCGAGCGAAAAGCCCAUGCGGCUCGAGUCGCCCACGAAAGAAAAACAAGACAGCCGCCAGGCUCAACCAGCCCCAGUUCUGAGGGUUCAGCUGGCGAUGCUGCUCCCUCCACACGGAAAGGUAUGGUGGUAGCCAAACCCCGCCGUGGCGGGAAUAUACUCGUGUUCGACGAAUCCUCCACAAUCAAGUCCACAUCAAAGAAAGGAUCACCUUCGACGGCAAAGAAAACUUCAACGCAGCCUUCUACAAAGAAAGCAACAACGGCACCAGCAAAGAAGGUCUCGGCCGUUCCGCCGCUUCCAUCUCCUCUCAAGGGAAAUUCAGACCCCUUCGGCGCGCUUGCUAUCUCCGUCACGCCGCAAGUCAGCCAAGUCUUGCAAUUCAUGCACGAUGGGGUCUAUCCCGGACUCUACUUCAAUUCCUUCUUCCGUCGCAUGUACGGAGACGUGCGCGUGACCUCUUGGGAAAGCAGUUCCUGGCUCCCGGCGCAAACCGCACAGGCAGGCUGGCACUACGCGUUAUCCAGUCUCAACGACGAAGGUCUGGCACUGGCUUGCAUUGGCGGCUAUCUCAACAACAUGGCCAUGCUGAUGCCGGAGUCUUCCAAGCGCAAAGCCACGCGUCUCGGCCUCACCAUGAUGACCAAGAGUUCCAUGCUCUUGCGGCGCAAAUUGCAAGACCAGAUGGACCAGGAUCUUGUCAUGGGCACAGCGCUGAUCAACCACAUCUACUGGCUUUUCCGCGCCGCCAUCUUUUCACGAGACGAGGCAUCCAUCACCACUCAUGGCCAGAUGCUCAAUCUGUCAUUGAUGAAAGGGCUUGUCGAUGGCUCGGCAGAUAUUCUAAUGCUGAUCCAGGCCGGGGUAGACGAUGUGGACGUCUGUGCUCGACUCAUGCGUCGGACGUUUAUCCACCCUGCUGCGUUUGCAAAGGUCUGUGCAGGUCUUUGGGCCAUGGCCGAGCCUCUCCUGCCACAUAUCAGACCCGAAGUGUACAGUGACCUGCACCCGAACGUCGAGAUUACGGAACUGCGCGAGAUCUACAACAUCGGGCGACAUCUCGCCGAGUACUCGGAGAAUAAAGUGUCAGAAGAAGAAUGGGGACCCCCGGACAUGAGACGUCUGUCGUUCGCCUGGUUUGUGACCAAGAGCGACUGGUCGAUGAGGAUGUGUCUGUCUCUGAUUCCAGAUCUGAGAGAUGAUCGAUAUGAGCCGCGUCCCGAGACGUCCGGAGUGCGAUUAACACAAGCCGGCCUCGCCCUCGCGACACUGUACUACAUCAGGCGCGUGGGCCAUCAUGCCGUCGUCAACGGCGUCGACUUCCGCGAUGCCUCUGGUCCCAUCAUUGAGCAUAUGAAGGUGGUGAUGGACCAGGUGUAUGCCUCGUGCACCGAGGAAGAGCUUGAGCGGUACGCCGAGGGUCAUUUAUAUAUAUUGUUUGUGGGUGCCUUUUACGAACGACGAGGCACCAAGGCCGACCGACAUUUAGCUGGCAGAUGGUUCCAGCGGCAUCUGGCUGCGCAUGCGGUGAAAUAUGGUUGGCAAAGAUGGACGAACGUGCGACCGAUUCUUCGUCGGUUCCACUACGUCGAGUGGGUACAACCGAAUGGAUCUUUGUGGUAUGAAGAUAUCGUUAAGGAGUUGAGUGCUGGAUAA